AUGCAGGCCUUUGUCCCCAAGAACAGAAAGCCCAAAUUCGAUCUCACCCUUCGCAUCAUUGACCUCACCAACAUCCCUCUAAUCUACGGGACCGCCUGCGUCAGAUGGCACCUUGCUUCCUCCAGUGCGGCUGAGCACCGUGGCCGCACGGAAAAGGCUCCAAUCAUCGAACACAAGGCGACAUGGGACUACACGAAAGAGUUCAGUGUUCGCCUGACCAUAGACAAGAACGGCGCGCUACAGGAACGAGGGUUGCAUUUCGAAGUCAUACAAGAAUUCCACGAAGGUGGACGAGGCGGAAGCCGAGUCCAUCUAGGCAAUGUUAAACUCAACCUUGCAGAAUAUGCGCGUCCGCCUGAAGAUGCCGCCGAUCGCAAUCCGCAGGACGAAGGCGAUGACGGCGCUAUCACGAGGAGGUACCUCCUACAAGAUAGUAAGGUGAACAGUACACUCAAGAUUGGCAUCAAGAUGAAACAGGUGGAGGGCGACACGAAUUUCACCGCCCCUCCGCUGAGGUCUGCCAUGGUCAUUGGAGGAAUUGCGGGCGUUCUGUCGGCAGAAGUGGGAGAAGGGGACGACAUUCCCGCCAUGACGAGCAAGACGAGAGAAUUGUCCGAGGCCCAGGAUAUCUACAGACGGACACUAUCUGCCACUUGGGCCUGUCAGGCCGGAGAGCUUCCUCCUGAUAAGCUCAUCGAGGACAUUUUCGCCGGAGGGGACGGAGGUCGCCUUCCCGACACCCCCAAGUCAAAUCAGCGCUCUGGACUCAGUCCUAGAGAGGAGAGUAUGCUUAGCAGCUCUAGCGAGGAAACUCCGCGGCCGACAACUCCGCGGCAGCAUCUGACACCUCAAAUGGCCAGCUAUGGUCAUGGCAGGGGAAGGAGUGGCGGAUCGCCCAAAGUGCAGGCGUCCCAGGCUAAUGCUGUGAGCGGACGGUCAAGCAUCGACCAACAAGUCCAUGCAAGCCAGAAGGAACAGCGGCGAAGAAGUCGACCAACGUUCCAUGAACUCUCCGAGUUUGAGCUGAGGGACGAUCUACGUAGUUGGGAGGUCCGGGCAAAUUAA